CCAGACGCUGCCCGGCGACCGCGUCCCGCUCGCGGACCCUCUUGCCCGGGGCACCAUGGACACCUUCCUCGGUCCGCGCGCUCCUGACCUUUCCGGUCUGCUGCAAGCUGGCGGCCGGGGGGUGGCUCGCCCAGACCCGGCGCGCUGCUGCGGGGGUGCCCCGCGCACUGUCAGUGCGAGCCCGACGGCAGGAUGCUGCUCAGGGUGGACUGCUCGGACCUGGGGCUCUCGGAGCUGCCCGCCAACCUCAGCGUCUUCACCUCCUACCUAGACCUCAGCAUGAACAACAUCAGUCAGCUGCCCCCGAGUCCUCUGCACAGUCUCCGCUUCCUAGAGGAGCUACGUCUUGCCGGAAACGCUUUGACAUACAUUCCCAAGGGAGCCUUUGCAGGCCUCUACAGUCUUAAAGUUCUUAUGCUGCAGAAUAACCAUCUAAGGCAGGUACCCACAGAAGCGCUGCAGAAUUUGCGGAGCCUUCAAUCCCUGCGGCUGGAUGCCAACCACAUCAGCUACGUUCCCCCCAGCUGUUUCAGCGGCCUGCAUUCGCUGAGGCACCUGUGGCUGGAUGACAACGCUCUGACGGAAAUCCCUGUCCAGGCUUUCAGAAGUUUAUCAGCACUGCAGGCCAUGACCUUGGCCCUGAACAAAAUACACCACAUACCAGACUAUGCCUUUGGAAACCUCUCCAGCUUGGUAGUUCUGCAUCUCCAUAACAAUAGAAUCCACUCUCUGGGAAAGAAAUGCUUUGAUGGGCUCCACAGCCUAGAGACUUUAGAUUUAAAUUAUAAUAACCUUGAUGAAUUCCCCACUGCAAUCAGGACACUCUCCAACCUUAAAGAACUAGGAUUUCACAGCAACAAUAUCAAGACAAUACCUGAGAAAGCAUUUGUAGGCAACCCUUCUCUUAUUACAAUACAUUUCUAUGAUAACCCGAUCCAGCUUGUUGGAAGAUCCGCUUUUCAGCAUUUACCUGAACUAAGAACACUGACUUUGAACGGUGCCUCACAAAUCACUGAGUUUCCUGAUUUGAGUGGAACCGGGAGCCUGGAGAGCCUGACUUUAACUGGAGCACAGAUCUCAUCUCUUCCUCAAACCGUGUGUGAUCAGUUACCUAAUCUCCAAAUGCUAGAUCUAUCUUACAACCUGUUGGAGGAUUUACCCAGUUUUUCAGUCUGCCAAAAGCUUCAGAAAAUAGACCUGCGACAUAACGAAAUCUAUGAAAUUAAGGUUGACACUUUCCAGCAGUUGCUUAGCCUCCGAUCUCUGAAUUUAGCUUGGAACAAAAUUGCCAUUAUUCACCCCAGUGCAUUUUCUACUUUGCCAUCUCUAAGAAAGCUGGACCUAUCGUCCAACCGCCUGUCGUCUUUUCCUGUAACUGGGUUACAUGGUUUAACUCACUUAAAAUUAACAGGAAAUCAUGCCUUACAGAGCUUGAUAUCAUCUGAAAACUUUCCAGAACUCAAGGUUAUAGAAAUGCCUUAUGCUUACCAGUGCUGUGCAUUUGGAGUGUGUGAAAAUGUUUAUAAAAUUUCUAAUCAAUGGAAUAAAGGUGACAACAGCAGUACAGAUGAUCUUCAUAAGAAAGAUGCUGGAAUGUUUCAAGUUCAAGAUGAGCGUGAUCUUGAAGAUUUGCUGCUUGACUUUGAGGAAGACCUGAAAGCCCUCCAUUCGGUGCAAUGCUCACCUUCCCCAGGCCCCUUCAAACUCUGUGAGUACCUGUUCGGGAGCUGGCUGAUCAGAAUUGGAGUGUGGACCAUCGCGGUGCUGGCCCUCACGUGCAACGCCUUGGUGACGUCCACGGUGUUCCGAGCCCCGCUGUACAUUUCCUCCAUAAAACUGCUCAUCGGGUUGAUAGCGGCGGUGAACAUGCUCAUGGGCGUCGCCAGCGCCGUGCUGGCCGGCGUGGACGCGGUCACCUUCGGCAGCUUCGCGCGGCACGGCGCGUGGUGGGAGCAGGGGGUGGGUUGCCAGGUGGUCGGGUUCUUGUCCAUUUUCGCUUCGGAGUCGUCCGUGUUCCUGCUGACUCUGGCAGCCCUGGAGCGUGGGUUCUCGGUGAAAUGCUCUGCCAAAUUCGAGCCGAAAGCUUUUUCCAGCCUGAAAGCCAUCAUCCUGCUGUGCGCGGUGCUGGCGCUGACCAUCGCCACGGUGCCCCUGCUGGGCGGCAGCGAGUACAGCGCCUCCCCGCUCUGCCUGCCGCUGCCCUUCGGGGAGCCCAGCACCACAGGCUACAUGGUCGCGCUGGUCCUGCUCAACUCCCUUUGCUUCCUCGUGAUGACCGUCGCCUACACCAAGCUCUACUGCAACCUGGAGAAGGGAGACCUGGAGAACAUCUGGGACUGCUCUAUGGUGAAGCACAUCGCCCUGCUGCUCUUCACCAACUGUAUCCUUUACUGCCCCGUGGCCUUCCUGUCCUUUUCCUCCCUGCUGAACCUCACCUUCAUCGGUCCCGAGGUCAUCAAGUUCAUCCUCCUGGUGAUUGGCCCGCUGCCUGCCUGCCUCAACCCCCUUCUCUACAUCCUCUUCAACCCCCAUUUCAAGGAGGAUCUGGGGAGCCUGGGGAAGCAAGCCCACUUCUGGACGAGGUCCAAGCACUCGAGCCUGAUGUCCAUCAACUCUGACGAUGUUGAGAAGCAGUCCUGCGACUCGACCCAAGCCUUGGUGACGUUCACCAGCGCCAGCAUCGCCUACGACCUGCCUUCCAACGCGGGGUCGCCAUCCACUUACCCGGUGACCGAAAGCUGUCAUCUGUCAUCUGUGGCAUUUGUCCCAUGUCUCUAAUGAAAUGCGAGAGAAAAAGUUUCCAAAAAUUGAAAACCCCAAAAUGUGAGGUCGGGUAUAUCUGAGCAGUAACUAAACAGAGUUUGAAACUUGUUUUAAAAUAUAUAUAUAUGUAUCUCAGUGGAAAAAAAGGUGGAAAUCUAUUGAGACUGGAGUGAAAAAAUAAGUCUAAAUGCUGCUUGUAUAAUUUGUUCAGCAAAGAGAUAGGUCAGUCACACUAUUUAGGGAAGCCCAUAUUUUUUUUAAAGCAGAUGGAAAUAUUCAAAAGAGAUUCUCCAUUAUUUCAAUUGAAUUCUUUUUAAAAUCACCACUCUAAGGGGUAGGGGGGGGGAGACCCUUACUCACAAAAAAAGGUUUUCAACCCCCCAACUUCUCAAAAGAUGAAAAGAUGGUUGGGAGUAUUAGGAAAAUAAGGGUUUUAAGUGGCCUAUGGUACCAAGUAAAGUUGUAACCAACAGGAUUUCAUUUGAACGACCACGUGGAGAUGUUUUAGUCCUCCUUUGCCUUUCCUCAAAAAGGAUCCUUCCAUGUCACCCAUUUCCCCCCAACCCAGUGAAUGGAUAAUAUAAGGCAUUAUUCAUUUGCUCACAUUCACAUCAUUUUUAGAAAUGCCGGAUUUUAUCUAUCAGCACUAGAUGGUUCCAUCCUCAGUGGAAUAAAACUGCUUACAAGUAUUUUGAGAGGAAGAUGAACUAAAAUUCUUAAAUUGCCAUGAAGGCAACCCUCUCCAGGUGAGGAAUGCCUUGUUGAAUUCAUUUUAACUCCUUGGUGCCCAAAACUCAGAAGAAAAGUCCGUUGCCGGCAAUGGACAUACCUAGUGAAUAUGGUAAGCAGCCUGGGGUUUCUUUUUUCUUUCUCCUGGGCGAGCACACAUUUUUCGAAAGAGGUUUUAUCAGUUGAUUCAAACUGAUGUGUGUCUUAAGGUAAUGAUCAAAUGCAGACAUGACAUAAGUUAAAUCCACCAACCUAACUUCUCACACAUGCAUCUCCAGUAGCUCUAGCAACAAUGUCUGAAAUCACUUUGGACUCAACAGAGACUUGGUAACAUAUUAUCCUGUUUAUUUAGCUUGGUUUUAGCUGUGUUGUCUUUGGAUCAACUCAUUUGAUGUCAGGAACAUGACUUCUCUGCUUAUUCCAUAUUUAAUACAUGUGUUAGGUAUUUUAAGAGGCAAGAUUAUUAAAUACUAAAGGUCAAAGGAUUAAUUUGUAACUUUAUUAUACUACAUUAGCUUCAAUACAUUCAAACCAAAAGACUGUUAGGUAGAUUUAUUUUUAUAUAAGCAUGUUUAUUUUGAUCAGAUGUUUUAACUUGGAAGUGAAAGAAAUACAUUUAUGAGAUGUUUUAUAAUAUGUGUAAAUAUAGAACUGUAUUUAUUACUACGGUAAAGAUUCAGUAAUACAAAGGACCAUGAUAAUAAACCAUGUACAGUGGCAUAUUCUUCCAUAUAUAUUGUUUCUCUGCCCAUUUUCUUUAAAUUCAUUAACUGUAUAUAAUAUAUGUAAGUGUAUAGUACUUGUAAAUAGAUUCCAAACUUGCUUUUCUAUUGGGUACAAAAUAAAGAAAUUUGUAAUAAAAUGUGUGACUAUAAAAGAAAAUAUUUUUAAAUCUUUUAUUGAGCCCAUAGGCAAAUAUAUGGUCUCCU